CUUGUUAUUGUAUAAAUAGGAAAAAAUUUGGUAAAUUUGCAUAGAAUCACUUUACCCUUUGAAGUAAAUAUCUCCAUUAAACUUGAAAAGUUUUUAAUUUACAAUGAAAGUUCUGGUUUUGGUGCUUUUUGUUGCGGCUGCUGUCAAAUCCGACAUCUCUCUAUCUCCAGAAGAGAAUACCCGUAUCAUGGAAAUCAACGGAGCAUGUAUAAAGGAAUCGGGAGUAUCCGAAGAAGUCCUUAAAGGAAUUAUGACGGGCAAUUUUCCAGACGAUCCAGCAUUAAAAACACAUUUAGUAUGUUUUGCAAAAACGGCCGGACUUAUUGACGAAAACGGAAACCCAAUCAAGGAUAAAAUUAUUAAAAGAAUGACCAUGAGACUCGGUGAUGAAGCCAAAGCCUUGAAAGUAUAUGACAAAUGUUACAUUGAUGCUGCAACCUUAGAAGAGAGAGUUUUUAGUAGUGCUAAGUGUGCUUUUAAUGAAAUUCAUGGAGCCAAGUAAAAAGUGAUGACUACAAAUAUAUAGGCUACUCCUUGUUAAAGAAAUAUAAUAUAUGAUUUCAUUAA